AUGGUACUGAGCGGUUUCACGCGGUUCCGCUCGCAGCUUGUUCUGGGAGUGCUAUGCAUCGCUUGGUUCUGCUGCAGCGCGCUAAUCAUUCUAUGGACAAAGUAUCUGCUUUCAGGGGGUGCUAUCGUGCCUGCCACUCGUGAUCAGCGCCCGCUUUUCCCCUUUCCCUUGUUGAUAACGCUGUCGAACAACACUGGUUGUGCACUGAUUGGCGCGGGGCUUGUUCUGGGGAGCUGGCUGCGUAGCAACCUGCACCGCGGCGAGCCUGUGCCAUGGUCGCCACCGGUUCGAUGGCCGACGGGCCCACGUUGGUGGCGGUUUCUCGUGGCAAUUGGCGCGUGUACCGCGCUGGAAAUAGGCUGCGCCAACUGGUCCCUGCAGAAGCUCACGGUAGCCUUCAGCACGCUGCUCAAGUGCACCGCACCUUUAUUUGUGCUUUUCUGGUCGAUUUUGCUCGGCAUCGAAUUGUUCAGCUGGGUAACUCUCGGAUCGCUUUUCCUGAUGUGCAUGGGUGCAGCGCUCAUGACAACUGGAGACUCGCUGCAAUUCUCAAUAGUCGGGGCUACGGUUUUGUUGGCAGGAAUCGCAUUAGGUGGAUUUCGCUGGGCGCUAAGCCAGGUGAUUCUGCAGAGAACUGUACGUGAUGGUUCUGCGGACCCAGCGACGAAGACGGCUCAACAGACACGAGUCGACAAAAGAUUGACGCCUUUGGAAGCAGUCGUCCUUCUGGCACCUGUAACGGCGUUUUUUCUGGCACCGGCUGUCUAUUUGUUGGAGCUGCGUCCGCUCUGGGAGUCGCUUCGAGGUCCAUCGCGAGAGACGAGCGAGAUCUUGGCGAUUUUCGGCUCCCUUGCUGGUAUCGCUGGUCUCGUUUUUGUACUCUUAUGGCUCGAGUAUGCGAUUGUCCAGCGAACCUCUUCGCUGGCAAUCUCCGUAGUGAGCAUCAUGAAGGAAUUGCUCACGAUUCUUGCGGGGAUGGUGACGUUCGGGGACCAUGUCGGAUGGCGAAGUUUUCUGGGUCUGGCGCUUUCGCAGGGCGGAUUCCUGGCUUUUCUGCGACACCGGCAGGGCUGGCUCCAGCGAACCCCGGAUACAGAUGCACCCAGCGAGAACAGCUCUGUCUCGCAACUGGUGCCGACGCAGCCCAGAGAUCACCUGGCGCCGUCGGAAGUCAUCGAAGCCUCCGAUGAACCACACGCCGUUUUGCUGGAUGUGUCGAUGCCCUGA